ACUUUUAUCCCUGCACCUGGCAGACAGCGGGAAGGAGGUUGGGCAGCAAUCCGCGGAGGCCUUGUACCACCUCCAUUACAUACUGAUCGCCAAAAUGGCUAAAAAGGUGGAGAUGAGGCAAAAGAACCGGAAAGGCAAUGCGGUGAAAUGGUAUAGAGAAGACUUCUUCAUCCUUGGGCCCUCAGUCUUCUACAAUGACAUCUCCAAAGUGGCCAAGGCCUUUGGGGAGCACCUCACGCCGAGCCAGGUUAAUGAAGUUGUGCUGACGGCAAUUGACAACUUGGCCGUAGAAGACCGAGCCAUCUCGCAGGCCGCGGGAGUCCUGCUGAGUUCCUUCCUUGAGGAAUGCGGGAUGGACAUGGAAGAUCUGCCCAUGGUUGUCAAGGAGAUUUACAACCAUCUCCUGAGGAUCCCAGACUCCCGGGCAAAAGAAGAGGCUCUCAUGGCAGUCGUCAACCUCGCCACGAAGCGUCUGAACCCAGUGGUCGACAGCCUCUUGGACUGCUCGAUGGACUGUGAUGAACAAGCUGCAGCCAUCUGGAAGGCCUUGGCGGCCAAUGCGUAUUGCCGCCCCAAGCUGCUGAGACCCCUCCUUCAAAGGCUACAAAAUGAAGACCCCAAUGCAGAGGUCACUUACAGGCGACGCAGCACUUCUGUCAUGCCAAUGGUGGCUACCAACGUUUUGUGCUGGCUGCUGUCGCUACCUGAGGCUGGAGCUAUAGUGGAGGACAAGUUCGGCCACCUCCUGCUUGCCCUGGCCACCCAGCUAUACUUCUUGCUUGGGGCGAGCAGAAGAAGUAUAGCUGGCCCCCGCCUCGACCCGCUGGCGACCACUGUGCAGGCCCUGCAAGACCUCAUCCGCACUGGUGGCUACGCCAAAGAAUACAGCACAUUGCGGGAGGAAAGGUGCUGGGAGAUGCUGGCAAGUCCAGGAGGCUUUUUCCAAGGCAUUCGUCUUCUGAUAAGGACCUUGUUCACAUGCUCCAAAGUGCACCUCAGAACGACUUUCAAACAGGCCAACGACUACUUGCACCGCCUGGACGCUAAAGAGAGGGCAGUUGGGAUGGCCUUCUUCUCCGAGCUCCUUUUUCACCCAGAGAUCGGCCGCCUGUUCAGUCUCCAAUACAUUAUGGACACCUUGAUUGAGUGGAUGGUGGCCCCCAGCCCCCUCAUGCAGAUGGGCAGCAUGAGGGGGCUGGGCUACAUCCUGGAGGACCCCCUGGCGUUGUCUAGGUACACCAAGAAGCUGCCGGGGGUCCUCCGGGAGCUGCGGGAGCUGCUGCGCUUCACGAAGCCAGAAAUUCGGGAGGCAGCGGCCCUUUUAACUGGGUUCAAUGCACAAUAUUUGAAACCUGACGUGGUGAGCAGCAAAGAAAUUGAUGCCAUUUAUCGGGCUCUCCUGGACCUUCAGGGAGACUUGGACGUGGCUGUGUCCACUGCUGCGGUGGCUGCCAGCGAGGAACUGCUUAGACACUGCGGCAAACAUGAUUCAUCCAAGCCCCGGGUCCUGUACCCAGUGACGUACCACACGAGACCACCUCAUCCAGAAGCGAGUAUGAUAGUGACCUACAGUCACAACUCUUAA